AUGGCAGCGGACCCGGUUUUGGAAAUGGCCUCUAUGAUUCCUGCACUGCGGGAGCUGGCCAGUUUGCACUGCAGAGUGAAUAAGGCCAGAGAAAAGAGCACUACCAGCCAGAGCCCACUACCUUCUUUGUCUGUGCACACCUUAGGAUUGGAGCAACAAACCAUGAGUGCCAGUUCUGAAGCGUAUAAUACCAUUGUUCAGAAACCAAGACAAAUCCUCUGCCAGUUUAUAGAUCGAAUCCUUACAGAUGUAGAUGUUGUUGCUGUGGAGCUGUCAAAGAAUAUUGAGUCACAGCCUAGUUCUGUGAUGCUGUUGGACUUUAUUAAACACAUUAUGAAAUCUUCUCCCCUGAUGUUUGUCAGUACUAGCGAUAGCUGUCAUAAUAGCGAAGCUGAUCAAAACUGUGUUGAAUUUAGCAACUGGAUCAUCACCAGGCUACUACGCAUUGCUGCUACACCAAGUUGUAGGGCCUUGCAGAAAAAAAUUGCUGGAGUUAUCCGCUCUUUGCUUUUUCUUUUUAAGAACAAGAAGCCAGCACUGUUUGGAAUCUUGACAAAAGACUUGUUGAACCUUUUUGAAGAUCUUAUCUACUUACACGAAAGAGACUUUGAGGAAUCUACAGAAUGGCCUGUGACUGUGUGCAGAUUUUUAAGUAAUACAAAAGAUACAAAAGAAAAUCAAAUUUCCUUAAGUACUGCUCCAUUUCAGCUCAUAAACAUGCAAAGUGUAGAACCUCUUGAAACCACUUUGUUAAUGGUUUUGACUGAUAAUGAUUAUGAUAUUUCUGCUGUUUUUUUCCAAAAGCAGAAUCUAAUUCUUUGGGGAAUAGGAUGCUCCCUGUUGGACUUUGGAAGUCCACCCCUUAAGAGUCAUGCCUUAAGAUUCUUGAAGCAACUUAUUAAAUUGGGAGGUCCACCAGAACAGCCUGCCUAUUUGUUCUUCAAUGUGUUUUGUUGCAUGCUAACAUAUGUCAAAGAUAUGGGAAUAGAAGAACUUUCAUUACUGGAGUUAGUAAGGGUUUUAUUCCCUUCUGAGGCUGAAUCUUACCUGAAUAUACAGCCUGUCUAUCUUAAUAUGCUGCUACAAAAACUCGUAGAUCUUUUUGAAGCAGGCAUCUUGAAAGAUAUUCAAACUGAUUUGUUGAGAGAAGCUCUCUGUCAUAUGUUUCACUACUUUCUUAGCUUUGUACCCCUUGGUUAUGAAUCCGCUCCAGAAGUUCGUGAGACUAGAGUUCGCUGCAUUUGUAAAGCCUUUCUUAACAUCUUGGGAGCGCGAGACCAACAAUCGUACAUGGUGAGCUCCCUUUAUUCAGUAUUACAGAAGGAAGGACUGGAAUAUAUACAGCAACACCAGCAGCAGAAGUUACAGCCUCUAAGCUCAGACUCUGAAGGUGGUGGAAGCAGCAGUGAUGAGAUUCAAGAGAAGCGACCUCGUUUGAGCCUAACCGCAAAAACACCCAGAAGGGCCCCUUUAUCAAUAACGGCUGGUCCGUUGGACAUGAAAUCAAAGAGCAUGCUGUGGAAAUCACUGACUUCUAAGCUAUCAUCUUUUUUACACACACUUGAAAGUGAAGAUGUUGAUUCAGAGAAAGUUUUAUCACUAUUGGAAGGAGUAAGAGUAAUAAUACACAUAGCUGCUCUCUGUACUGUUCAUAUUUCGUCUGAUUAUCUUAGCUUACACAAGAGCUCAGACCUACCAGCUACUACUAGUUCUCCUACUACUAGUUCUCCUUUUCAAAAUACAAAGAUGCAACUUCUUUGGAUCAGUCCUGAUGAAAUUUUCAGAGUCCUUAGAGUUUGUACGAAAUUGCUUGAAUUCGAAAACAAGGAAGCCUAUCUUGAUUUAGUUCUUGUCAAACUUGUGAAGAUAUUGGAUGCAUUACUUUAUGUGCACGUGAAACAUCAUUUAAAUGAUGAAAUCCUUGAAUAUUUAUGUGCAAUGGUGUCUUUGCCCUGGCUUCACAAUCGUUCAAACCAUCCUUCUUUAAAGUUGACUACAUUUGACUCUGUUCUUGUAUCAUUGAGUCAUCAAGUCUAUGAGCAUUUCUCACCUGAUAUUGAGUCUUACCUUCUCUUCCUUCUGUCGCUGUUCCCGGGAACAAUCAAGCCUGAUUGGAGAUUAUCAGUUUACCAGCAGGCACUUAAUAGUCCACAUGAAAUUGUCCGUGCUUGCUGUGUUAAAGGAUUUCCUAUUAUUCUUCACCAUACUGACCAGCUAACCCUUGGCUUGAUCCCCAAGAUAAUGUUAGAUUACCUGGAUGAUGAUUCAGAAAUGGUGAAGAGAGAGUUGGCUAAUGCCACUGGAAAGUUGGCAUGUGGCCUUGCUGGGGCGUUUCAACUGCAAAAUUCAGUUGAGGAGCCUCCUGCAGAAUGUGACUUUUUGUGCAGCAGUCUUAAAGUGAUCUCUUCAUCUGCAGUAAGAACUUCUUCAGCUGAUGCAUCUGCUUUCAAGCUAUUUAUUCCACUCCUUGAAAGAAAUAUUCCAAGCUCAGUGAAAAUGGCCUUUAUCGAAAAUAUCCCUGAGCUUUUUAAACACCUGAAGUUUGAGAAAGAUGAAGCAAGUUUAAAGACUAUAAUUGAGGCUUUUUUUAAUCUGAUGGAAGAUGCAGACAAGGAUGUCAGAAUUGCGUUCAGCGGGAAUGUGAAAUAUAUUUUGGAAUCGGUAGACUGUGAAGAAGGUUAUUUAAAAGAGCUUAUAAUGACAAGAAUGAAAAAGGCUUACACAAAUGCCAAGUUGUCACGUGAUAAUGAUCUAAAGGAUACUCUGAUUUUAACUACUGGUGACAUUGGGAGGGCUGCAAAAGGAGAAUUGGUACCAUUUGCACUUCUGCAUUUACUGCAUUGUCUCUUGUCCAAAUCUACCUCUGUGGCAGGAGCAUCAUACACAGAAAUUCGAACUCUAGCAGCAGCAAAGUCCAUCCGCCUGCAAGACUUUUUCAGCCAAUUUAAAAAGCCUAUUUGUCAGUUUCUUGUGGAAUCCUUGCACUCAAGCCAAAGAGUACUUCUUGCUAACACACCUGACCGGAGCAGUGAGAUGCAGAAGCAGGAGGCUGCUCACCACAGAGAAGUAGCCCUGGACAUCUUAUCUGAAAUAGCCAAUGUGUUUGACUUCCCUGACUUAAACCGAUUUCUAACGCGUACUUUGCAAAUCUUGCUGCCAUAUCUUGCGGCCAAAGCUAGCCCAACAGCUUCUGCUCUCAUAAGAACGAUUGCCAAGCAACUAAAUGUGAACCGGAGGGAGAUCCUUAUCAACAACUUUAAGUACAUUUUCUCUCAUCUGGUCUGCUCAUGCUCUAAGGAUGAGUUGGAGAAGUCACUACAUUAUUUAAAGAAUGAAACAGAAAUUGAGUUGGGCAGUCUUCUUAGACAGGACUAUCAAGGACUUCAUAAUGAAUUGUUGCUGCGGUUGGGGGAACAUUAUCAGCAGGUUUUUAACGGACUAUCAAUAUUAGCUUCAUUUGCAUCUACUGAUGAUCCAUAUCAAGGACCAAGAAACAUCACUCAGUCAGAAAUCAUGGCAGAUUAUUUGCAACCAAAACUAUUAGGCAUUUUGGCUUUCUUUAAUAUGCACUUAUUGAGUUCCAGUAUAGGCAUUGAAGACAAGAAAAUGGCUUUAAACAGUUUAGUUUCUCUGAUGAAACUUAUGGGACCAAAGCAUAUUAGUUCGGUGAGAGUGAAGAUGAUGACCACAUUAAGGACUGGUCUGAGAUAUAAAGAAGAGUUUCCAGAUCUAUGUUGUAGGGCAUGGGAUUGGUUUGUUCGAUGCCUUGAUCAGGCCUACUUGGGCUCACUUCUUAGCCAUAUUAUUGUUGCACUACUGCCUUUGCUGCACAUCCAGCCCAAGGAGACUGUCGCUGUCUUCCACUACCUCAUUGUGGAAAACAGGAAAGCUGUUCAGGAUUUUCUCCAUGAAAUCUAUUUUCUGCCUGACCAUCCUGAACUUAAGCAGAUCCAGAAGGUUCUACAGGAAUACAGAAAAGAAACUUCCAAAAGUACUGAUCUUCAGACAGCAAUGCUGUUAUCAAUAAAGGCAAUUCAGCAUGAAAAUGUAGAUGUCCGCAUGCAUGCUCUUACUAGUCUCAAGGAAACCCUAUACAAAAAUCAGGCAAAAUUGUUACAGUAUUCAACCGACAGUGAAACCGUUGAACCAGUAAUCUCACAGCUAGUGACCGUUCUGUUGAUUGGAUGUCAAGAUGCCAACCCACAGGCUCGCUUACUUUGUGGGGAAUGCCUUGGACAACUAGGAGCUAUAGAUCCAGGUCGACUGGAUUUUUCAGCUAGUGAUACCCAAGGGAAGGGAUUUACUUUUGUUACUGGCGUUGAGGACCCACAUUUUGCAUAUGAGUUACUUAUGGAGCUGACAAAAGCUUUUCUUGCGUAUGCUGACAAUGUCCGUGCUCAGGAUUCUGCUGCGUAUGCUAUACAGGAGCUGCUUUCUAUCUACGAGUGCCGAGAAGGGAGAAACGAUUGCCCUGGCCGAAGGCUUUGGAGAAGAUUUCCUGAACAUGUUCAAGAAAUAUUAGAGCCUCACCUCAAUACAAGAUACAAGAGUUCUCAGAAAGCUGUUAAUUGGUCUAAAAUGAAGAAACCAAUUUACCUAAGUAAAUUAGGUAGCAAUUUUGCAGACUGGUCAGCAACAUGGGCAGGCUAUUUGAUCACAAAGGUGAGGCAUGAGCUUGCAAGCAGAGUCUUCAACUGCUGCAGUAUAAUGAUGAAACAUGACUUCAAGGUGACCAUUUACCUUUUACCGCAUAUUCUUGUCUAUGUCUUGCUGGGUUGUAAUAAAGAGGAUCAGCAUGAGGUUUAUGUAGAGAUCAUGGCAGUUUUAAAGCAUGAUGAUCCAUGGACCCGGCGCUUACAAGAUAAUGCUUCUGAUUUGAGCCAACUCAGCACCCAGACAGUAUUCUCAAUGAUUGACCAUCUUACUCAGUGGGCACGGCAUAAGUUUCAAGCACUUCAUGCCGAGACACCAAAUACUAAGCCAGGAAAAGACAGAGGAGAGUUAAUGUUGUGUCGUGAAGACUAUGCAGAGUAUCAGAAUGUGACCAGAUUUCUUGAUCUAAUACCUCAAGACACUUUAGCAGUUGCAUCAUUUCGCUCCAAAGCAUAUACCAGGGCUGUUAUGCACUUUGAAUCUUUUAUCAUGGAGAAAAAACAAGAUAUUCAAGAGCACUUGGGAUUUUUACAGAAACUGUAUGCAGCUAUGCAUGAGCCAGAUGGAGUAGCAGGAGUGAGUGCUAUUCGUAAGAAGGAGGCAUCAUUGAAAGAACAGAUUCUGGAACAUGAAAGCAUUGGAUUACUGAGAGAUGCCACAGCCUGUUAUGAUCGAGCCAUUCAGUUGGAACCACAAGAGAUAAUUCAUUAUCACGGAGUAGUGAAGUCCAUGUUGGGUCUUGGGCAGUUGUCUACUGUAAUCACUCAAGUAAAUGGUGUACUGAACAGCAGACCUGAAUGGACAAGUGAAUUAAACACUUAUAGAAUUGAAGCUGCAUGGAAACUCUCACAGUGGGACUUUGUACAAGAUUAUCUAACUGCAGAUAAAAAAUCCACAACAUGGAGCAUCAGACUUGGGCAGCUUCUGCUAUCAGCUAAGAAGAAAGAGGCAGAAUUAUUUUACAAUACACUUAAAGUUGUACGAGCUGAGCAGAUUGUACCUUUGUCUGCUGCCAGUUUUGAGAGGGGUUCUUAUCAACGUGGAUAUGAGUACAUUGUAAGGUUGCACAUGUUAUGUGAACUGGAGCACAGUGUGAAAAUGUUGCUUCAGCAGCCUGCUGGCAAUCUUACCAAGGAUCCUCUUAAUUGGCCAGCUCGGUUAGAAAUGACCCAGAAUUCCUAUAGAGCAAGAGAGCCCAUCCUGGCACUACGCAGGGCUUUACUAACUCUCAACAACAGGCGUGAUAACAUUGAUAUGGUGGGUGAGUGCUGGCUUCAGAGUGCCAGAGUUGCUCGUAAAGCAGGACAUCACCAGACAGCAUUCAAUUCUCUUCUCAAUGCUGGAGAAACCAGACUAUCAGAACUCAAUAUCGAACGUGCAAAAUGGCUGUGGUCCAAGGGUGAUGUGCACCAGGCCCUCAUUGUUCUUCAGAAGGGGGCUGAAUUGUUUCCCCCAGACAGCAGUGCUCCAUCAGACAACAAAAGUCAGUAUAUUCACGGCAGAGCAAUGCUGCUAAUUGGACGUUUCAUGGAGGAAACUGCCAACUUUGAGAGCAAUGCAGUGAUGAAAAAAUAUAAAGAUGUUACCAGUCUACUGCCUGAAUGGGAAGACGGUCACUUUUAUCUUGCCAAGUACUAUGACAAACUUAUGCCUAUGGUGACAGACAACAAGAUGGAGAAGCAGGGAGACCUGAUAAGAUAUAUCGUACUACACUUUGGAAGGUCUCUACAGUAUGGGAACCAGUUUAUAUACCAGUCAAUGCCUCGAAUGCUUUCUCUGUGGCUUGACUUUGGAGCAAAAGUGUAUGAAUGGGAAAAAGCUGGUCGUGCCGAUAGGUUGCAAAUGAAAAAUGAUUUGAUCAAAAUUAACAAAGUUAUCACUGACCACAAAAACCAACUUGCUCCAUAUCAGUUCCUCACAGCCUUCUCACAGCUAAUCUCUAGGAUUUGUCACUCUCAUGAUGAAGUAUUUGCUGUGCUGAUGGAAAUUGUGGCCAAAGUCUUCCUGGCAUAUCCCCAGCAGGCAAUGUGGAUGAUGACUGCUGUUUCCAAGUCAUCUUAUCCAAUGCGUGUAAACAGAUGCAAAGAGAUACUAGAUAAAGCCACUCAUAUGAAACCCGCUCUUGGAAAAUUCAUUGGGGAUGCAACUCGCCUCACAGAUAAACUUCUAGAGCUCUGCAAUAAGCAGGUGGAUGGAAAUAAUAGCACUCUCUGCAUGAGCGUUCACUUCAAAAUGCUCAAGAGACUAGUGGAAGAGCCCACCUUCAGUGAGAUCCUUAUUCCUUUACAGUCCGUGAUGAUCCCUACGCUUCCAUCUACUUCAGGAACACACGCUGAUCAUGACCCCUUCCCAGGGCACUGGGCAUAUAUAGCUGGUUUUGAUGAGACGGUCGAGAUUCUACCUUCUCUUCAAAAACCUAAGAAGAUUUCAUUGAAAGGGUCAGAUGGGAAGUCCUAUAUUAUGAUGUGCAAACCAAAAGAUGAUCUGAGAAAAGACUGUCGACUUAUGGAGUUCAACUCUUUGAUCAACAAGUGCUUGAGAAAAGAUGCUGAGUCUCGGAGGAGGGAACUUCACAUCCGUACCUAUGCAGUUAUUCCUUUAAAUGAUGAAUGUGGGAUUAUAGAGUGGGUUAACAAUACAGCCGGUCUAAGAAAUAUACUCAUCAAGCUGUACAAGGAAAAAGGUAUAUACAUGGGUGGAAAGGAACUUCGCCAAUGCAUGUUGCCAAAAGGAGCGCCUUUGCAAGAAAAACUAAAAGUCUUUAAAGAGGUUCUCUUGGCUCGGCAUCCUCCAGUAUUCCAAGAAUGGUUUUUGAGAACGUUUCCUGAUCCUACAUCUUGGUACAAUAGCAGAUCAGCUUAUUGUCGUUCAACUGCUGUAAUGUCUAUGGUUGGUUACAUCUUGGGUCUUGGAGAUCGUCACGGAGAGAACAUUCUAUUUGAUUCUUUUACAGGAGAGUGUGUCCAUGUGGAUUUCAACUGUCUAUUUAACAAGGGAGAAACAUUUGAAGUUCCAGAAAUUGUUCCCUUCCGUCUGACACACAACAUGGUUAAUGGGAUGGGGCCCAUGGGGACCGAAGGUCUUUUCAGACUCGCUUGUGAGGUUACUAUGAGGCUUAUGAGAGACCAGAGGGAGCCACUGAUGAGUGUUCUCAAACCUUUUCUUCAUGAUCCAUUGGUGGAAUGGAGUAAACCAGCGAGAGGAGGCACCAAGGUUCAAUUAAAUGAAACUGGGGAAGUUAUUAAUGAAAAGGCCAAAACACACGUACUUGACAUUGAACAGCGUCUUCAAGGUGUAAUUAAAACAAGAAACCGUAUAAAAGGGCUUCCACUGUCCAUUGAAGGGCAUGUCCACUAUCUGAUCCAAGAAGCCACUGAUGAGAACCUUCUGAGCCAAAUGUACCUGGGAUGGGCACCCUACAUGUAGCACUAUGCAUAAACUAAUUAAUAAUAUAAACACUGGAUUAAGAUACUCUCACAAAUGUUAUAUUAAAAUGCUGAAGACAUUGCAAAAAGCAAUUUAUUGAUGUUAUUUUCAGUUAACAUAUCUUAUAUUCUGUUACCCUGGUAAUGUAUUACAUUGAAAUAGGUGAUGUAUUUUUUCAGGAAGUUUAAAACUGAGGCAGUAUCUGAGUAUAUGGAAAUUUCUCAACUGUUUUGUGUUUUGGGAAAUGUGACCAAAAAAGAGUUUCUAAAUCCAUCCUCAACUAGAUGGUUUUGCCUUAUUUUCUUCUGCAAUUUCUGCCUUUUAUAAUCUUCAUAUAAGGCUAAAGUGCAUCCUGUACAAAAGUAAUCUACAGCUUGACCAAGAAAAAUUAUACAACGUGAUUGUAUAGAACAGUGCAGUGGACUAGUUUAAAAUGAUCUUACUGAUUUUGUACUUAGAGCUAUGCAAAUUAGUGCUUAAUGCACAUAUAUAGACACACAUACAAAAUAGCUUUGUUACUUUACAUUUUUCUACUCAUGCCAUGUUCUAAGGUUUGUGUAAACAUUUUAAUUGACAUGGCAUAGAGUUAUAAUCAUGUAUAUACUUUUCUUUGGUUAAUGUAAUUUAUAAGUGUAAUAACACUGCAGUUGUAAUAUUUAUUUUUCUAUCAUGUUGUUUAAUUUUGUUAAUAAAUUGUUUACCAAAAA